AGAGAGAGAGAGAGAGAUCGAGACCAUGGCGACCACACUUGGCCUUCUAAACCUCCCUGCUCUCUCUCAUAAACCUAUCCAAACCCAGCUUAAACUCCCAUUUCUCUCCCGACUUUCGAAAUCCCAGCUACCGGAACACUCGCAUCAGACACCAGAACACGUCAAACAACAGUUCCCACAUAUCAUCCAUCGCCUGAAAUCGACUUCCCUCCCACUCACAGCUCUCUCAUUGCCUUUCCUGGCAGAUCCAAAGGAUGCCCUUGCAGUUGGUGGGGAAUUGGGGAUAUUGGAAGGUCGAACCUUUGCGCUUAUACAUCCAAUAGUAAUGGCAGGGUUGUUCUUCUACACGCUGUGGGCUGGGUAUCUUGGUUGGCAAUGGCGGCGCGUAAGGACGAUCCAGAACGAGAUCAAUGAGCUCAAGAAGCAGGUUAAGCCUGCCCUAGCUACAGUACCAGAAGGGGCUGCCUCAUCAGCUGAAGCUAUGGCGUCUGUUUCACUUUCGCCUGUGGAGACCAAAAUUAAAGAGCUCACAGAGGAGAGGAAGGAAUUAUUGAAGGGUUCCUACAGGGAUCGACACUUCAAUGCAGGUUCUAUACUUUUGGGGUUUGGGGUGUUCGAGGCUGUCGGUGGAGGCGUCAAUACCUGGUUUCGAACAGGGAAGCUGUUUCCAGGACCCCAUUUGUUUGCAGGAGCAGCAAUCACAGUGUUAUGGGCAGCCGCAGCUGCUCUUGUUCCUGCAAUGCAGAAGGGAAGCGAGACAGCAAGGAAUCUGCAUAUUGCCUUGAAUGCUUUGAAUGUUCUACUCUUCAUCUGGCAAAUCCCAACAGGACUUGAUAUUGUCCUCAAAGUGUUUGAGUUCACAAAAUGGCCUUAAGAGUUCAAUACCAAAAACAUGUGAGCUUGUUUGCUCAUUCAUCUCUUUUUCUUUUU